ACCAAAUAUGAGAAUCUGAGUUUACCGAAGAUCACCAACUUCUAGCUAUGAUUACAUCAUAUUUUCCAAAAUAUGUGGCACUAUUUGCCAUCUGUGUCCUAUGUGUCGGUGCACUGGACACUUUCAUUGCUGCAGUGUAUGAACACGCUGUCAUAUUACCAAACAGAACAGAGACACCAGUUUCCAAAGAAGAAGCUUUCCUCCUGAUGAACAAGAACAUAGAUGUUUUGGAGAACGCAGUUAAGCUGGCAGCCAGGCAGGGUGCACAUAUCAUUGUUACCCCAGAAGAUGGAAUUUAUGGCUGGGUUUUCACAAGAGAGACCAUUUACCCCUAUCUGGAAGAUAUCCCAGACCCAGAGGUGAACUGGAUUCCAUGUACAGAUCCCCAGAGGUUUGGCUACACCCCAGUGCAACAAAGGCGCAGCUGCCUGGCCAAGGACAACUCCAUCUACGUUGUGGCAAAUAUUGGGGACAAGAAGCCAUGCAAUGCCAGCAACCCUCAGUGUCCCCCCGAUGGCCAUUACCAGUACAACACUGAUGUGGUGUUUGAUUCUGAGGGUAGGCUGGUGGCACGCUACCAUAAGUACAAUCUUUUUGCGCCUGAAAUUCAAUUUGAUUUCCCCAAGGAUUCAGAAUCUGUGACUUUUGAGACUCCUUUUGGGAAGUUUGGCAUUUUCACUUGCUUUGACAUUUUUUCUCACACCCCAGCUGUGGUGGUGGUGGAUGAGUUUCAAGUGGACAGCGUUCUCUACCCGGUGGCGUGGUACAACACACUGCCCCUUCUGUCGGCUGUUCCCUUCCACUCUGCGUGGGCCAGAGCCAUGAGAGUCAACUUGCUUGCUGCGAAUACCCACAACACCAGCAUGCACAUGACAGGGAGUGGAAUCUAUGCACCGGAAGCGGUCAAAGUGUAUCACUAUGACAUGGAAACAGAGAGUGGCCAGCUGAUGCUGUCCGAACUGAAGUCCCGGCCGCGAAGUGAACCCACCUAUCCUGCAGCUGUUGACUGGAGUGCUUAUGCCAGAAGUGUCAAGCCAUUCUUGUCUGAACAGUCGAAUUUUCCGGGGAUGAUUUAUUUUGAUGAGCUCACCUUCACUGAGCUUAAGAGAAACACAGGAAAUUACACAGUUUGCCAGAAAGACCUGUGCUGUCACUUAACUUACAAGAUGUCGGAGAAACGAACAGACGAGGUUUACGCACUAGGUGCUUUUGAUGGACUGCACACAGUAGAAGGUCAAUAUUACCUACAGAUAUGCACAUUACUGAAGUGUCAAAUCAGUGACCUGCGAACUUGUGGGGAGCCCGUGGGGUCAGCUUUCACCAAGUUGGAAGAAUUCUCCCUCAGCGGCACAUUUGCAACACAUUAUGUUUUCCCACAGAUCAUUCUCAGUGGAAGUCAGCUUGCUCCUGAAAGGUAUUAUGAGGUCUUGAGAGACGGACGUCUGAGGAGCCGAAGCAGAACCCUUCUGCCUGUCUUAGUUUUGGCCCUGUACGGAAGAGUGUUUGACAAAGACCCUCCGCGCUUGGGGCAAGGACCCCGGAGAUUAGAAUGAUCCCUUUCCGCCGGCACACUUUCAGGAUUACCCUGGCAAAGAAAGGGAGAGGAAAAAAAAAAAAAAAAAAGCUUCAUGUCUGUUUAGAAGAGAUGUCACAAAUUGGCCGGAGCAACAAACUUAAAACGUGAAAAGCAGUGGAUGGGUUUUAUAUGUUUUACGUUUUCCGUAUUUGAUAUAUAGCACCAACUCAUUUAUGGGAGCUGCAUGUGGGAUCCGUGUGGGUGCAAUGUAAGUAUAUGUGAGUAUAUGUGUGUGUAGCAG